UACCUCACAAGCACAUCACUCUGUGUUAGUCGCGAAGGACCCUUUCCAGGAAGUAUGGCGCGCCAGCUUACGUCAUAUAAAACCGCUCUAUAUUGCAAAGCAGGGGUCGUUGUGUAAUCACGGCGGAUGCCACGAAAAACUGGAGAGAGAGAGAGAGAGAGAGAACGGAGUUUUGCACAAUAUAGUUAGAGUGCAAAACACUGUGCAUGUUGCACAGCGGACUCUCCCUGCUGCAGACUCACAGGAUCUUUCCCCGUUGCAACGCUGUCUCUCGGGGGCAAGUCACACAUUCAUUCUUUGCUCCCUGUGGGUGUGCCAGCAUGGCGGAAAAACCAGGCAAGCCGAGGAAAACCAAGGAUGAGAACGGGAAUGCGGGAAAGAGAGACCAAAAGGUAGUGGAGGGAGGCAGGCAGGCUGGGUCUAGCAGCGGCAGAGAAGCGAAAGCUGCAAGGAAGCAGGAACCAGGGAAGAGGGAGACGACGCUGUGGGGAUCGAGCGGGGACGAGCUUUCAAACACAGGCGCCAGGAAGAAACGGAGACUGGGUGGAGGGGAUGCUGUCACAUCACCACCGGGGGGAGUGGGGGGGCUGGCAAGCUCAAUAAAGGAGUCCAGGCUGCAGGCAGGGCCGUCGGUGAAGGAAUUCGAGUUCAACAAGAAGCGAGUGCGCCUCAUCUCCGAGGCCGUGGAGAUGAAGGACGGCUCGGAAGGCAUCGUGUACUGGAUGUCCCGGGACCAGAGAGUGCAAGAUAACUGGGCUCUCCUGUACGCUCAGCACCUGGCCCUGAGUCACGAGCUCCCACUCCACGUGUGUUUCUGCCUGGUGCCACGCUUCCUCGAUGCCACCAUCCGACACUUCGGCUUCAUGCUGCGAGGCCUGGAGGAGGUGGCCAAGGAGUGUGCAGAGCUGAACAUAUCUUUCCACCUGCUGACGGGCUACGCGAAGGACGUGUUGCCGGAGUUCGUGCAGAUGCGGGGGGCAGGGGGCGUGGUCACAGACUUCUCCCCGCUGCGCGUCCCCCUGCAGUGGGUCCAGGAUGUGAAGGAGAGGCUGCCGCGGGACGUCCCGUUAGUGCAGGUAGAUGCUCACAACAUCGUUCCCUGCUGGGUCGCGUCGGAGAAACAGGAAUACGGAGCCAGAACUAUCCGCAAGAAGAUCCACGACAAGCUUUCCGAAUACCUGACAGAGUUUCCUCCGGUGCUCCGACACCCUCACGGCGCCGGGUGCGAAGUGGAGGCAGUGGACUGGGAACAAGCCCGCUCCAGCCUGGAAGUGGACCGCAGUGUGAAGGAGGUAGACUGGGCUCGACCCGGGACAGAGGAGGGCCUGGCGAUGCUCGAGUCCUUCAUCAAGGAACGCCUCAAAUUGUUUGGGUCUGAACGCAACAACCCGAACCGGCCCGCGCUCAGCAACCUGUCUCCCUGGUUCCACUUCGGGCAGGUCUCUGUGCAGCGUGCCGUGCUGGAGGUGCGGAAGUGCGGCUCGAAGCACUGGCAGUCUGUCCACAGCUUCGUCGAGGAGGCGGUGGUGCGCCGAGAGCUGGCCGACAACUUCUGUUACUACAACAAGAACUACGAUCGCGUAGAGGGUGCCUCUGACUGGGCCAGGAAGACCCUGCAGGACCACGCGCAGGACGAGCGCUCUCACCUGUACUCCCGGGCUCAGCUAGAGGAGGGAAAGACACACGACCCGCUGUGGAACGCAGCUCAGCUCCAGAUGGCUCUUGAGGGGAAGAUGCAUGGCUUCCUGCGGAUGUACUGGGCGAAGAAGAUCCUGGAGUGGACGAGCUGCCCGGAGGAGGCACUGGAGACAGCGCUGUACCUCAACGACCGCUACGAGCUGGACGGACGAGACCCAAAUGGAUACGUCGGCUGCAUGUGGUCUAUCUGUGGGAUCCAUGACCAGGGCUGGGGGGAGAGACCGGUCUUCGGGAAGAUCCGCUUCAUGAACUACGCAGGGUGCAAGAGGAAGUUUGACGUGGGGCAGUUUGAGCGCAAGUACCACCCUGAGAAAUCCACCGUCUGAACAGAGAGUGAGAGUGGGAUUGAUUGCCUGAGCUCUCCUUCAAGUGCUGCACCUCGCCUAAGACCUUCUGAUUGGUGUGAUUUGUGGUGGUGAUUCUGUGUCUACUUCUAUAAAGUAGAGCAAGUCCAACUCACACUAUAAGCAAAAUAUUAGCUUCUGUCCAGAUAAUUUAUUUAGACACAAAAACCAUCGCAAUUAAUGACACUGUCAAUAUGACAAAGGCACUGUUAUUCGGAACAUGGCAAGUGCUUUAUAAGACAGCGGUGUCAGGAGAGAAGCGUAAAGUUCUGUUCCUGCUUGCAUACUGCUGAGUGUGGGGAUGUGAUGUUUCUAUUCAUGUAAAAAUCUAUUGUGUGUUUUUUUUUGUUUUGUUCUGAUGAACUUGCUUGUAAUGUAGAACCUCUUUGAAAGGUCAGUAUAGGGUUUACGUCUCGUCACAUUAACAUCACUCUGUGUGAAAGACAGGGAGAGCUUUCCAAGAUAUAUCUCUGUAUGGCUGGCACUGGGAAGUGUAAGACACAGUGACAUGUUCAAGAUAGAAACACAUUGCAAUGUGGUUGGAAAGGGUGCACUUGAUUAAGAAAAAAAUGUAAACAAAAUUCAAAAGGGUUUUGCUUGUCCUCUGCUUUUAUUGUGUAAUCAAAAAAUCCAGCCUCAAGCACAUACAGAUAAUAAAUAAAGAUAAACAGGGUAUUCAUGGUAAAUAAACUAAAUAAAUAACAUCAUUAACACCAUCAUUAGUGUAUUCAAAUCCCAAUUCUUCAUGCUCUGCAACUGCAUUUAACUGUGGAGUGGACGCAGUGCUUGCACACAGAUACGUUUUAUAGAGCUGUUUGCUCAGGAUUGUAUUUCUGCACUCUGAGCUUAAUAAAUUGUACAUUACUUGCAUUAACAAUGCAGCUCCCUCCCCUUCAAGGCACAGAACAAACAGCAGAUGAUCAAUUACAACCUCGGCCAGGUUUUCUGUUCUGUGUUACAGCUCUGUCUGGAGAGGACUGUAUUUCCUGAUUUUAUCAACGGAUUUGUCCAUUGGUACUAUGCUGAUGAAUUUAUUCUUUACAAACUUCGGAUUUGAGAGUUUUGCUUUCACAGCUAUUAAUGAUUAUGUAAGAGCCCCUGGAUAACACAUAAAGCAACGAUACAGAAUAAAUGGAGCUGGUCUGCAGUAGGAUACGGAAUGUAUCAGAGUCCCAAGAGUCCCAAGAAAGAAUGCGUUACUUCCCUGCUGUUAUAUGAAACAUUGCAGAUGAGCUUCAUACAUGUUUCUAAAAUAAAAAAAGAUUGUCCAACAUUAAUAUAACAUUAAGGCUGUAUUUCAUAUUUUAUAUUUUAUUGGAAUGCUGUAGCUUAUUUGGCAUGUGUCCACUUGUGUCUGAAGUUUGAUUAAACAGAACUGUAAAACAGGGCAAUCA